AUGGCUGAUAUUCAUGAUUCACUGGUCAAACUUUACUUGAAUUCGAAAGUAAUCCUUGUUUACAGUUAUGGGAAAUGCAGUUUUUUCAGCAGGUCAGAAGUGAUAUCACUGCAAAGCCUCAAAACAUCAACGUUACGGUCUGCAACAAUUCCAGACAAAGAAAAGACAUUGUUGGACUUUGAGAAGCAAGAGACUGCUAGAAACAGGAAGAAACGAAAGAACGCCUCUGCUCCUAGUACUGAACCAAUGUUAGCCCUUGAGGGCUUAGAGACGCAAGAAAUUGCUACAAAUGAGAAAAUUGAAGAGAAGACUUCAAUUCCUGUCACUCAACCGAUAUUCCUCCCUGAAAUCGUUAUGGAGAUUCUGAGCUGGUUGCCUGUACGGUCGUUAUUGAGGUUGCAGUUGGUGUGCAAGCAAUGGUAUGCUCUAAUGCAAGAUCGCCACUUUGUUGAAAAGCAUAUGAGCCAGGCCACCGUUUUAAUUUGUUGGUAUAAUGUAAAUCAGCUUCCUCCUGCAGCAGAUGAAACUUUUGAAUUGAUCUGUGGUUGUGAUGGAUUGUUACUCAAGAGAAGCCAUUCUUCUUAUAAAUACCACAUUCACAAUCCAACAACACGCCAAAUCCUUGAACUGCCUGAUCCACAUGAAAUCAUAUAUUUCAUCACCUUAUUUUUUGUCCCGGCUACUGGUAACUAUAAACUGGUCUCUAUAUAUAAUGAGAAAGAAGAAUCUGGCAGCAAACGUUGCGAAGUUCUUACAAUUGGAAAGGAUGAUUCAUGGAGAUCCCUUCAAAUCCCAAAAUUGGAGGAUCAUCACAAGAGGGAGAGAGUUGCAAUUUUGUCAGCAGGUGCAACUGUUCAUUGCAUUUGGGAAUCUCAAAUCAGAUCAGACAUAGAAGUACUGUCCAUAGAUUUGGGAACCGAGUGCUCCACAAUCACACCUUCGCCAGAGGUUUUGUUUCCAGAUGGGAAUGCAUAUUGGGCUUUGGAUUGGAAUGGGAAAUUAGCAUUUGCUGAUAGAGUGAAACAAAAUCUCCGGGUUUGGGUAUUAGAAGAUUACAUCAAGCACAAAUGGGGUGAAAUGGUGGUUGUUCCCUUGAAAUUAAACAAAGAUAUGGAGGGGGAUCUUCUUCCCCUCUUUGCUCAGUACGACAAUCUGUGGUUCCGGUUGAAAGGUAAGCAAAUAUUUUCUUAUAAUAUCGUUCAUAGACGUAUUGGGCACAAACUAUCCGCGCCUGGAGGGUAUAAAAUAUCGAGAAAAGUCUAUCAAUGCCCUCCUAGCCUGGUUACUUUUGAAGGAAUGAAAGGAGAAGAUGCCAGCUAA